AUGAAGAAGGAAAGAUCCAAUUCCUUGGUGAGCAGUGGUGGCAAGAGUGCCAAGAGUGCCAAGAGUUCCAAGACUACUACUAAAAGUUCCAAGAUUGGUAAAAAUGACAAGAGUGAAAAGAGUGUUACUACGAGAACCUAUGAUAGUGACAGCAGCCUGAGUGUGAAUGCCCGUUGGAGUCGAGUAGAAGAAGGAGUGGAACUGUUUGACGAGUUUUUGAAGAGUAGCGGAAGCAUUUGUUUGCCCGCUGAUUUCCGUUGGGCCAUUGCACUGGAGGCUCGUCAUUGCUGGACUGGUUGUGCUGGAUGCCAAGAACUCAACCAAGGCAAGACUUGUGAGAGAAAUGGAUCUGCUUAUUCUCUCCUCAAGUCUGUCACGCACACUUCUUCUCCUGAUCUACCUUACUCUGUCACUGAUAGAGCUAGUUGGGAAAAGGUCAGGCUGCUGGUGCACACUGCCAUCAACCAUCAAGCUAGAGCUGAGCAGCAUUGGUAUCAGUCGACCAUCAAGUCUCUCUCCCAUACUUCCAUCAUUCCCAAGCACGUUUACAAAAGCAAAAACACUCCUGCAGCUUCAAGCAGUAAUAGUGUUGCUAGUGACAGUGAGAACAGCACUGAUGAUCAGGACAGACACAAACUUCUCAUUGCUACACUCUUUUCAGAGAUAUUGGCCACUGUCAUGCUUUCUCAUGUCAUUCAUGUGGUUUACAAGGCCAAUGGCUUGCAAGCACCUGAUCUCCCACCCUUUCAACUCAUUGAACAAGAAUUGGAAAACAAGGACACUCUCAAGUGCACCUACCAAGAUGUUGCCACUGCUGGAAUGAUGCGCAAGGGAAAGACUGUACGAUGGCCUACGAAAGACAACAAGGCUUCUCAUGUUCCCAUCAUCAUAAGCAAGGACAUUGACGUGCACAGUCAGGCUUGGCAGGCUUUCCCCAAACAGACCCAAGAAUAUCUCAUGGCAAACAUGCUAGACAUGCAUCCAAUGUCGGGACUCACACUUUGCCCCGCCUACAUGGCUCUCUGUGGCACCAUUAUUGGAGCCAAGAUUGGAUUGCCCGAAACCAUUGGAGCCACCCCCUGGAAAACACUUGAAAAGAAAAAAUACUGUACCCAGGGAGGAUUCACAAGAGCCGAUUGGGAACUCGGCUGGUCGGAGAGUACCAUUCUACAAAAUGUCGUCACUCGAUUGCAGAACGAGUUGGGAGACGCCACGCUUCUCGAAGGCGCUUGUGCCUUGGCAUAUGCCGAAGCCUAUGGAAAGGUUACUGAUCUAUCCGGUCUACAACCCAUCCCAAAACCAUUUCUUUACAUCAUGACAAAAGUCAUCCCCGUGCUCAAGUACUUUUCAAAAGACUAA